AUGCAUCUCCCGAAAAUUCCAGAUUUUGGAUCCAGGUUCCGUUCAAAGGAGGCAUUCCUUGACUCGCUAAAGACGACCAACAAACAUGGCAACGAGACGACUAUGAUUGGCGAUCCAAGAUGGUCAAACAAAGAUCUCGAACCAACAUCUCCAGAGGAAAGAACAUGGACCUGGUAUAACCUCCCACUCUAUUGGGGAUCGACUGCUUUUGGCACUGCGGGAUGGAAUGCAGCGGCGUCUCUCAUCGCUGUCGGCCUCACAUGGCAGGAAGCAUUCAUCUCCUGCUGCAUUGGCUCGUUGAUCAGCGCCCUGGUCGUUGUCGGAAUGGCGAGGCCCGGCGUUCGCUAUCACAUCGGCUAUCCCGUACUGUGUCGCUCAGUCAUGGGUUUCUAUGGAUCCAUGUUCUUUGUAUUCAUCCGAGCAAUUGUUGGAGCGAUCUGGUACGGAAUUCAGUCAUACUACGGUGCUAACCUGAUGUCGACAUGCCUGAAGUGUAUUUUCGGGCACCGGUGGGACAACUGGGAGAACCAGCUGCCUGCAUCAGCAGAUGUAACCUCUAAGCAGCUCCUCUGUUUCUUCUUGGUAUGGAUAUUGGAGCUUCCCUUCUGUUUUGUCCAUCCCCGUCGCAUUCACACCUUUUUCACUUUCAAGGGUCUUAUCAUGCCCUUUGCGACAUUCGGUCUUUUCGGUUGGUGCAUGGCUCACGGCAGUGGCGUGCGGGAUAUCAACUCCCAGAGUGCUGCGGGAGCUUCAGUGAGAGCAGGGACAACACCAGGUUGGGCCAUCAUGAGUGGAAUCAACGUUAUCAUGGGCACGCUCUCUCCUAUGCUAGUCAACCAGCCCGACCUGGCACGCUACUGCAAGAAGCCUCGCGACGCUGGAUACUUGCAGGGCGUGUCUGUAUUCUUCAGUAAGGUGUUGAUACUUGCGCUUGGCCUCCUAGCCACCAGCUCCAUGGAAGGCGUCUAUGGCGUGGCGUAUUGGAAUAUGUGGGAUCUCAACGACGCCAUUCUGGACCACAACUGGACGCCCGCUGCCCGCUGUGGUAUCUUCCUCGUCUCCUUCUCGUACCUCUUGAGUGUGUUCGGAGUCAAUUUGGGUGCAAAUUCGAUCCCGUUCGGUGCGGACAUGACCGGGCUAUUCCCGAAAUAUCUCACAAUCCGGAGAGGCCAGGUGCUGUGUGCAUUCCUAGGGUUCGCAAUCGUGCCUUGGAAGCUUAUUGCUACUGCACAAACCUUCAUCACCUUCUUGGGAAGCUACAAUAUCUUCAUGGCUCCACUUUGUGCUAUCAUCAUAGUCGACUACUGUUUCGCGCGAAAAGGCAACAUCCAUGUGCCAUCGCUUUACAGAGCUUCACGCGGAAACCUUUAUUGGUUUACGAGCGGCGUCAACAUCUCCGGGAUCUUUGCUUGGUGCGCAGGCACAGUCAUGGGUAUGCCUGGCCUUGUCGCUGCAUACAACCCCAAGCUCGUGCCCCAAGCCGGCAAAGACAUGUAUAAGCUUGGAUGGAUCCUGACCUUCACCACUGCUGGAGUGGUCUACUUCAUUCUUAUCAAGAUUCGCAAGCCGAGGAUUUUCCCUGUUGGAUUCGAGGACAUCCCUGUAACAUGGGAGUAUCUGGCAUCGAAUGGCCGAGAUGGCUUCUUCGAUGGGGAGAGAGACACUUAUGCGGAAGGUUCGCCGAGCGAGAGCGUGGUAGGGGAGGAAACUUACGAUCAGGUGGAUGAGAAGCCGAAGAGUGCUUCGUGAAGGAUUGAGAUGCAAUUGUGGG